GGCGUCACGCCACUGCACCGCCACCGACCGCACGCGCGCGGCACUGCGGAUACUGUGAGCCGACACGGGUGAAUUUCGGUCCGUCUCAGAGCCGUGCUGCGGUCAUCAUGGCUCUCUACCACUAUGUCACCCAAGAGCAACUCUCAGGUUUUGAUAAAUAUAAGUACAGUGCGGUUGACUCCAACCCCCUCUCUAUCUACGUCAUGCACCCCUUCUGGAACUCAGUGGUGAAGAUCUUGCCCACAUGGCUUGCCCCAAACCUCAUCACAUUUACAGGGUUCAUGUUCCUGGUACUCACCUUCACCUUGUUGUCCUUUUUCGACUUUGACUUUUAUGCCUCAGGGGAAGGCCGUACACAUGUGCCAAGUUGGGUGUGGAUAGCUGCUGGUCUGUUCAACUUUCUGGCCUAUACCUUAGAUGGUGUGGAUGGCAAACAGGCUCGGAGAACAAACUCCAGCACUCCACUGGGUGAGCUGUUCGACCACGGCCUGGACAGCUGGGCAUGUGUCUGGGCAUGUGUGUUCUUCGUCGCUACAGUGUACUCUGUCUUCGGACGGGGUGAGACAGGCGUGGGAGUGGUGACGCUGUAUUAUCUGUUAUGGGUUGUCCUGUUUUCCUUCAUACUGUCUCACUGGGAGAAGUACAACACUGGGAUUUUGUUCCUACCCUGGGGCUACGACAUCAGUCAAGUGACUAUCUCUGUCGUGUACAUAAUAACAGCGGUGGUUGGUGUGGAAACAUGGUACAAACCUGCUAUUGGGAAUGUUCAAUACAGAGAUCUGUUCACUGUUAUGAUUGUUGGUUGUUUAUUUGUUGUAACAUUGCCAAUGAGCCUCUACAAUGUCUUUAAGGCAUACCGUAAGAACACCCUGAAGCACAGUUCGGUGUAUGAGGCCUUGUUGCCGUUUUUCUCUCCCGUCCUCUUGUUUGUGCUGUCUACACUGUGGAUCAGUCUCUCUCCUACAGACAUCAUCGAGAAGCAACCCAGAAUCUUUUAUCUCAUGGUGGGAACAGCCUUCUCCAAUGUUACUUGCAAGCUCAUUGUAUGCCAGAUGAGUAAUACUCGAUGUAAGCCACUGAGUUUGUUGUUGUUGCCGAUGACAGCUGUGGUGUUGCUAGUGAUAUCUGGGGUUGUACAGCACGGUGAAAUUACUGUCCUUUACAUAUGGACUGCCAUAGUCAUCCUCACUCACAUACACUAUGGAGUAUCAGUUGUGAAGCAGCUGAGUGAUCAUUUUAACAUAUAUGCUUUCUCACUAAAGAAGCCCAAUUCGGACUGACAGGACGAGGAGAAAAUCGGCCUGAAGGCUGCUGAGGUUUAAGCUAUCUCAGCAUGCUCUUCAGCUAGCCGACUCUCACCAAUCACCAAGGAGACACAGUUAACAACAGGAAACCAAAUUGUACUGACCAAAUGCGCCGCCUUAUUCUGAGGAUGCUGCUCAAUCAACAAACGAAUGGAGCUGCACCCCAGGGCCCACUGAUCCCUGAGGUGGAGCUGUGCCAUGGGGCUCACAGAGCCCUGAGGCAGAGCUGCACCACAGGGCCCACUGUGCCCAGAGGUGGAGCUGCGCCAUAGGACAUAUUGGGCUCGGACACGAAAUUACACCAUGGGACUCAAUAUCUCAGAAUAACAGGACCCACUGAGCCCAGGACCUACAGUGCCUCAACUUGCAGCUGUGUAACAGAGCCCAUUCCUCCCAGAAAGAGCUGUAUUGUGUUGCUCGCUCCGAGCCGAGGCUGUUUGGUUGCCUGGUAUCCGUGAAGUUGGGGAUUUUGCUUGUUUCCUAAGGAAAUGUGCUUUUCAGCUGAGAUACUAGGAGCCUUGAACGGUUAAUCUCACUUACAUGCUCUCAGAUGAGUCACACACAAACCACAUGAUGAACACACACAGAAUGUGCUGAAUGUCUUUAUCUUAUUUGAUUUGAAGAUUUUAUUAACAUUUAAUUUUGGCCUCAAUUGCUCAAUUUGGGGAAAAUAUGUCUCUUCUUUUUAAAUGAGAAGCAUUAUUUAAUUAUGUUUCUAUGAUGGACAAUAUAAGCGGAUUGUGAAAGUCUAAUUUUCGGUUAAUAUGAAACUUAUAUGUAUGAGGGAACAGGGAUGUUAGAUGCUUAUUUAAAUCUAUGGUGAUUUUGCUGAUCUCUACAACUAUACAAAUUUUAAUAUUGACAUAAGACAAAUUUAAACAACCACAGCUAGUUAUCUAUAAUAUCACACACAGCUCAAACCACAACCUCAUUUAACCAAUUGAAUUUGUAUUACUACUGCAACUGGGAUAUUUGUUUUUGUUUCCUUUUUACAUUGGUGAUGGUGUAUCUGCGUGCCGAUUUUCAGAUUUUUUCCAGUUCUUUUUUUGUUUGCUUCACUAGUUGGCUUUUAUUGAGUUUAUUUGUGCUUGAAUGAAGAGUGCACUUCAAACCCUGACCAGGAGAGGGUGCACUUGGAGUGAGCGAGUCAAACCUCGCUCCGUCUAUAAACACGAUAAAAGCACUAGUCUGUGUGUCACCAACAUGUCCGUUAAACCUGAAAACUGCAGGUGUCAUGGCCUGCGUGAAGCUCAUUCCAGCAUUUAGUCUGUUUUUUUCUUCUCUCGUUUUCCUUUGUUUUGUCUACAUAUCUUAUUUUCGGUUUGGUGGACUGAGGGCUUAUAUACCGGUAAUAGGAUUUUUUUUUUGUACUUUAACUGGUUGUCCGAAGUGUGUGAUUUGAAUGUGUGUGUAAAUAUAGGGAUGCGUGUGUGAAUGUGUACUGUAUGUAUAUAUCCGUGUAUGUGUUUUACUCUUAUACACUCACUUUGGAAACCUCAUGCCUCCAUAUAUUCUGUUUCUCUGAGAUGAGUCGGUCAGUGAAAACCGCUUAUCCAUGUUGUUAUAACAUUGUAUUGUUGUUCAUCGUGCUUUUUUUAUCUCCAUAAUAUAAUGAUACAUAUUUCUUAUCCUUCAAAUACCUUUGUUUUACAUGAAUCGAGAAAUGACAUGGAUAAAGAAUUUACAUAGGCUACUACAAAUGACAACUGUUAUAUCUCAAGUAAAUUCUUUAUUUGUUAUGUCAAUAUCUAAUUACUGUCCAGUACACUUUUGCAAUAUAUUACUUGUUAAAGAAUGGUAAUGACACUCAUCCCUAAGGGCACUCCUGCAAAAUUUAGAUUAGAAAGAUUUUAGCCAGCAGGUGGCGCUUUUUUCUUUGUGUGCAAUAGAACUUUAUCUUUUUU